GUCGGCGACGGCGGGUCGCGGGACGGGGGCAGCGGGUCGGACGACGCAGACGAGGACGAGGAGGCGGGCGGGACCAAGGCGCCGCCGCGAGAGCGCGGCGCGUUUCGCGCAUGGGCCGACGAGCAGGUCCGCAAGGCGGCGGGCGAGGACGCGGCGGCGCCGAGGCCUGUCGACGCCGACGACGGUACCUACACGCCGCUCCUGCCGGCCGGCUCGGGCUUCAAGAACAAGGUCGACCCGAGCGGCAUCACCGGCCCUCUCGGCGCCGUCCUGCCCAAGGAGGAGCUGCCGACGCUCCCGCCGCAGAAGACGGUUCACGUCGCCGUCACGCGCACGCCCGAGAUCGAGGCGUCCAGGGCCGAGCUCCCCGUCGUCAAGGAGGAGGACCGCGUCAUGCAGGCGAUCCUCGGCAACCCGGUCGUCGUCCUGUGCGGCGAGACGGGUUCGGGCAAGACGACCCAGGUCGGCCAGUUCUUGUGGGAGGCCGGCUUUGGCGAUGCUUCGAGCGACAACCCGGGCAUGGUCGCCAUCACGCAGCCUCGCCGUGUCGCCGCCCUCUCGACCUCGGCCCGUGUUCGCAACGAGCUCGGUCUCGCCGCCGACUCGUCGCUCGUCGCGCACCGCAUCCGUUACUCGACGACCGCCUCGCCCGACACCAAGCUCGUCUUCAUGACGGACGGCGUCCUCUUACGCGAGCUCGCGGCCGACUUCCUCCUGACCAAGUACAGCGUCGUCGUCGUCGACGAGGCGCACGAGCGCGGUGUCAACACGGACGUGCUCAUCGGCGUGCUCAGCCGGGUCGCCAAGCUGAGGGAGAAGCAGUGGCGCGAGGGUCGUGAGGGGGCCAAGGUGCGCCCGCCUCCUCUGCGCCUCGUCAUCAUGUCGGCGACCCUGCGCGUGUCCGACUUUGCCGAGAACCCGACCCUGUUCUCGACCCCGCCACCCGUCCUGCACAUCUCGGCCCGCCAGCACCCGGUCACGGUCCAUUUCGCUCGGCGCACCCAGCACGACUACCUCGCCCAGGCGUACAAGAAGGUCGCCCGCAUCCACGCCCGGCUCCCGCCCGGCGGCGUCCUCGUCUUCUGCACCGGCCAGAACGAGAUCGUCUCGCUGUGCAAGCGCCUCGAGAAGAAGUUCGGCGCCAAGGCGAUCGCGGCGCGCAAGGAGCGCGUCGACGCCAAGUUGAGGGGCAAGGUCGAGGUGAGCGACGACUUGGAGGCCGAGGACGUCGAGCUCGGUGCGGACAAGGACCUCGCGGCGGACGUGGACGAUGGCGUGUACGAGGACGACGAGGAGGGGCUCGAGUCGGACGAGGACAUGGACGACGAGGCGUUCCAGGGUCUCGACAUGGAGGAGGACGUCGACGAGCCGCUGCACGUCCUGCCGCUGUAUUCGCUCCUCGCGACCGAGCGGCAGAUGCAGGUCUUCGCCGAGCCGCCUGCGGGCCACCGCCUCGUCGUCGUCGCGACCAACGUCGCCGAGACGGCCAUCACGAUCCCCAACAUCAAGUACGUCGUCGACACCGGUCGCGCCAAGGAGCGCAAGUUUGACCACGCGAGCGGCAUUCAGUCGUUCGAGGUCGACUGGAUCAGCAAGGCGUCGGCGGCGCAGCGUGCCGGUCGAGCCGGUCGCACCGGUCCCGGCCACUGCUACCGCCUGUACUCGUCGGCCGUCUUCGAGCAGCACUUCGACCAGUUCGCCAAGCCCGAGAUCCUGCGCAUGCCGAUCGAGGGCAUCGUCCUCACGAUGAAGGGCAUGAACAUCGACGCCGUCGCCAACUUUCCCUUCCCGACGCCUCCCGACCGCGACGCCCUGCGCCGGGCCGAGAAGACGCUCGUCAACCUGGGCGCGCUCGAGGCGUCCGAGGCGACGUCGAGGGUCGGCGGCAAGAUCACGCCGCUCGGCCAGAGCAUGGCGCUCUUCCCGCUCUCGCCUCGGUUCGCCAAGAUGAUCGUCGCCGGCCAGCAGCAUGGUUGCCUGCCCUACGUCGUCGCCAUCGUGUGCGCCCUGUCGGUCGGCGACCCGUUCAUCCGCGAGGCCAACCUCGGCGACGACGACGAGGUCGAGCCCGACGCCGACAAGCCGCUCUCGCGCGCCGAGAUCCAGCACAUCCGGGACCCCGAGAUCCGCGCCAAGGAGGAGCGCAAGGCGUUGCGCAAGACGUUCUACCAGGUCCAGCAGCGUCACGCUGCGCUCGGCAAGGGCUCGAGCGACGUCUUCAAGUUCCUGAGCGCGGUCGGCGCGUACGAGUACGCCGGCGCGAGCGACGCUUUCUGCGACUCAAACUUCCUUCGCAUCAAGGCCAUGCAGGAGAUUCACAAGCUGCGGCAGCAGAUCAGCCGCAUCGUGCAGAUGACGUUCCCGGGCGUCGACGCCGGCUUCGUCCCCAAGCUUGCGCCGCCGAACGAGACGCAGCUCAAGGUCCUGCGUCAGCUCCUCACGGCCGCCUUCAUCGACCAGGUCGCCAUCCGCAAGGACCUCGUCGACAAGACGAGCAACUUGUCGUUCGCCAAGGUCGCCUCGACUCGCGGCGUCGCCUACCGAGCGUUCGGCAUCGACGAGGACCUGUUCAUACACCCGUCGUCCAACCUGUUCCACAGCUCGCCACCCGAGUUCAUCGUCUUCAACGAGUUGCACCGCACGCACAAGGUCUGGCUCAAGACCAUCACCAAGGUGAACCCGGCCUGGCUCCCCGUCCUCGGUCGGCCCAUGUGCACCUUCAGCAAGCCCGUCGAGACGCCCGCACAAGCCCUCGCCGCCAAGGCCGCCUCGAACGCGUCGGCCGGGACCGACUCGCGCACCAUCAUCGUCGUUCCUCGGUUCGGCCCCGGCGUCGGCAUCGAGCUCAAGCCCGUCCAGAUGACGCAAAAGCUCGUCGGAGGGCGGUGGGUCUUGCAGUAGAAGGCGAGGGCUGGUCCUCGUCCCUGUUGUAAACAUGGCCGCCUCCUCUUCUUUCUCUUUAACCUCUCGGCACU